AUGCGCCCCGACUGCGCGCUUGGCCUGCGUGCGCUGGUCACUCUUGCCUCCCGCCCCGUCUGCCACGGCACCCUUGUCUCGCUGGGCGUCUUCUCUGCCCUCAAAAAAGCGCUGCAGGUGAAUGCUGACGGCCGCGCCUUUGGGCAGGCGCUCAAGGCGACAUUCUCCAUCAUCAGCACAUCCACGCAGUUCGGACCCGAUGCCGUUGACGCCGGCGUGCCCACGGCUGUCCUAGCCCUCAUGGCAGAAUGCACCGGCAGACCCCAGCUCAUGUGUGCGUGGAUUGUGAAGGCGUUUGCCAAGUCCAAGGAGACGCAGCCGUUUCUUCUGCAAAACCGCCUGUUCCUCAAGCACGCGUUUGGUGCUGUUCUCCGCUUGCAGUCGCACUCUGCCGCACAAGAGGGCGUGCUGUGCGCCCUCGCUUCCCUCUCCGUCGACACUGCCGCUGCCCCCGUCCUCAAUCAGGUGCACACGACGAUGGCACGCAUCCUGUCUGCGGCGGUACCAGGGCUGCUGCAGACGGCAAAGACGGGCACGCCGGACGACCAGGUCCGCCGCCGCCGCUCCCUCGCCCACGUCGCCUGCUUCCUCGCUAACAUCUGCGCUUGCCCCCAGGAGCUGCGACGGCCAUCGAUUGCGCGUUAUCGGGAUGAUCUCCUCACCCUCGUGGACUGCCGCUUUGCCAUUCCGGAGCUGCGCCUCCACGCAACGCGUGGCCUGUGCAACCUGAGCGCCCGCAGCGAGCAUGCGCGGCACCUGCUUGCGGCGGUGGAUGCGAUUGGACGGCCGCUGUUGGAAGUGGCGGACCAGCAGCUCAAGCUCGCCAUUGUCAAGAUCUUCUUCAAUAUCGCCCUUCACGGUCCUUCUGACGCAAAGCCUGUGCUGGAGCCGUUUACAGAGGAGUUGUUCCGCAUUGCACAAGACGAUCUCGGGUCGCAGGUGCGGGAGGUGGCACGCGAUGUGCUGCUGUUGCUCGGGCUCGAUGUGACCACACAGCAGCGGCAGUACCACGCCAGCGACGUGCACCCGUCCAACUUUACGCCCUUCCCGCCAGCAGCCGCGCCGCCGAGCGUGUUUCUCGACCUGGACGAUGACGCCACUGCAGCAAGCAGGCUCUCCAAAUCGGACACGGCGUCCACACUCGACACGUACACCCCGUCAAAGGCGAACAAGAAGUCGAGCCGUGGCGCGGGCAUUGUGAGCAAGCUGCUGGGCGUGCUGCGGGAGCACCAGGAGCAGGUGCAGCGAUACCAGACGCUGCUGGCCAAACUCGACAGCGGAGAGAUGGUGGUGCUGGACGACGACCUGGCAUCGCAGAUCCUGGCUGGCAGUGAUGGACACACCGCCGUUGCGUCUGUCACAGCAGCUGCACAGAAGCAGCAAGAAGAGGAGGAGGAGAACGACGACGACGACGACGACGACGAAGGCGAAGGUCAAGACGAAGAAGAGGAGGUGGUGCUGGAGCGGAAAGAGAGAAGAGAUGCGACUGAGACCGUGGGUGGUGGUGAUAAGAAUGGCACCCUCACAGUUGAAGGCGGGGUGGACGAUAAGGAGAGCAAGAGUGGCAUGAGCAGCAGUGCAGGGCAUGACAGAAACAGCGAUGCGGCCAGGGAUGCCAGCAGCAGCAGCAGCAGCAGCAGCAGCAGCAGCAGCAGCAGCAGCAGCAGCAGCGAGAGGACUAGUGGUGUUGGCAGUGCAGAUGCGCAGGGAGGUGGUGUGGCUAUGGCGGACAAGAAUGAGCGCAGCGAUGACGGCGGUGUCGUGGGCGUUGGUGUGGACAAAGCGGGAGACGAGGACAAUGGGGAGGAGGAUGAGAGUGAGAAAGGAAGAGGAGAACACGAGGUUGGAGAAGGGAGGAACGAUGCCAGCGGCCCCUCGAGUGAGGAGCUUCGGGCUCUGCGGGCGAAGAUACAGGCGUUGGUUGCGCCGUUUGUGCGGGAGGUGGUGGAGAAGCAGUUGGCAGAGGCCAACGAGCACAUUGCCCACCUCGACCAGCAAAUCACCGAGCUCCAAGAAGCCUUUGCUGCGCCAGAGUAAACGGGUGUUGUUUUGGGGGCGGGGGGGGG